AGCUCGUGCAGAACCAAUCAAAAAAAUGCAUUAACAGUCACGUGACAUGUAAAACUGGGUCGGAGGGAAGGCAGAGUUGUUGUGGACGAGGAUUACCCAAGUCAAUUGAACGAAGUGAUCGAAAAAUUGCUAAUAAUAAUUGUUCUUGGUAAUCGGUUGUUUCUGAAGAAAUGUAUUAAAACGUGUCGGUCACUGUAUCCCUACUAGCUGGCUCGUGUUUGUAUGACGUGCGACAAGCGAUCAACAAAGACCCCUAAAAAGAAGAAUCAAGAUGAAUGGUUUCAGUACGGAAGAUGAUAGUCGUGGAGGACAUGAUCAAAUCUGCUGUUUAGUUGAUGAUGGAGAGAGAUGUUCACGACCAGCUGGUAAUGCAAGCUAUAGCAAAAGAAUUGCAAAGACAGUACAGCAAAGAAAAUUAAAACUUAACAUAGAUCACAGUGUCCGGCAUAUCUACAUCUGUGACUUCCAUAAAGGUGUUAUACAGAGUGUAAGGAGUCGUAAAAAAAGAAAGGAAGGCAGCGAAGAGGACAAUGCUGUAGUUGGUGUUGGUGGUGGUGGUGCAUCCCCGGAGUACGAGUAUGAUCUGCCAGAGGUUGACUUGUUUCAACUACAGAUGAACACUUUAAGAAGGUACAAAAGACAUUAUAAACUACAGACAAAACCUGGACUAAAUAAAGUGUCUCUUGCUGAGACUAUUUCAAGACACUUCAAGACGUUACCUGUGCAGGAGAAAGAGACUCUGACUUAUUUUAUUUACAUGGUGAAGAACAACAAAAGCCGAUUUGAUCAGAGAUUGGACAGCAGUAUAAAUUAAAGCUGAAUAGAUGUCCAGGUGUCUGGUUUUGUAGGCCAAAUAUGAUAACAGAGUAUACCAAAUUUGACAAAUGUGUUGGCAUAUUUGAUUUUUUGGAACAUUUGUGAAAUGCAUAUAAUAGUUUAUGUGUAAUAAAUGUUCAUAGGAGUACCAAUCAAUGAUGUCCAAUCACAAGUUCAUGUUCAGAUAAACACAUGACACUCUGAUACUUGUUAAAUACAUUUUUUUUUCUGUGAAAUUCAGUUAAAUAUCAGAGAUAUCAAGAAUUCAACUUGUGUAUACUGAAAAAAAAUCAUUUUUAAAUAUUGAAAUUGUUGGUAUUUUAUUUCUACUCAUUUCUGCCAACCGGCCUGUACAUCUGGAACUUUUUUUCCCCUUGCCAAAUUCUUUUGUUUAAACAAGUGAAAUUACAUUUGUCUCCGUGAGGGCACAAUAUGCCCCUUUAGGUUGGGUAAAUUUUAAGAUCAUAAGUCUAUUUGCUAUAAGAAAAUGGUUUUUAAUAAAUGUUCGUUAGCCUGCUAC